AUGGAAAACUCAACUAGAAAGAGUAUGCGAAUUCAACAACAAGACAGUCUUAGUAAGUCAGUUGCAGUUGAAGAUCAAAGAUUGGAUAAUGAUGAUGUGGAUAACGGAUCCAGUCAUCAAGGUACUGCGUCAACUAACUCUAGCGCAUCUACUAAAGUUACAGUAGAAAGUCAGCAACAAAUGCUCGUUGCCAUGCAAAAGCAAAUCAAUGCUCUGAGUAACCAACUGCGAGGUACCCAGGUAAAGUUGAAGGAAAGUGAACGCCAGUGUGAACUUCUGAAGUCCACGAUACGAGCAGAGGACGGAUCAAGGUCAAAUUCCAUUGCGACCUCAGUGGAUCCCGUUGUAGAUACCGCUACACAACCGAUAGCAGUCUCAACGCAGACAACAACGAACUCGCAGAAUAGUUCGUACAUUUCUAUGCAGCCUACGUCAACGUAUACAGCCGCCACGCAUACGUACACUCAGUGCCCUUAUGAAGGUACUACAUCGCCGAUCUUCACAGCCACCGCCUCUUCCAUAGGUGCUAUGCCUUCAACUUCAUUACAGUCGCAGCCAUUUGUUAACGUUACACCAGACAGUUCAUAUCUGCUUACACUACCGAGAAAAAUUCAAGAUUUGCCAGAUUUCGACGGACGCGCAGAAGACUGGCCUAUGUUCGCCGCCGCCUUUGCACAGUCAACUGCAUCAUACAAUUAUUCGAAUUUCGAAAACAAUCAACGUCUACAGAGAUGUUUAAAGGGUGAGGCUAGAGAGACAGUGCACUCACUCCUAAUCCAUCCGGAUAACGUUCCUGCCGUUAUGGACACUCUGCGAUUUCGAUUCGGCCGUCCAGAAUUACUUAUCAAAUGUCAGCUUCGCCAAGUACGGGAGAUGCCAUACAUAUCAGAAUCCGCCAUCGACAAAAUGAUUCCUUUCUCAGUCAAAGUAAAAAACCUAGCCGUGUUCCUACAGUCAGUAAAUGGUCAGCAGCACUUGUGUAAUCCAACGUUAUUGGAGGAGCUUGUGGGAAAGCUACCCAUGAGCAAGAAACUCGAGUGGGCAAAAGCCUCAUUGACGAUACAGCCAUAUCCCACAAUUAAAGAUUUCAGUACCUGGCUUAGUGGAGUAGCCGAUCUAAUAUGUACAGUACAAGAUAGUGGACGCACACAUUCGAGCGAACCAAAGCGCCGCGUUCUUCUUCAAACCGCCAACAACGCCAGAGAAAUCCUAUGUCCACUGUGCCAUGUUGGACACCACAUAUUCGAUUGUGACACGUUCAAGUCGCUAAGCAUCCGUGACAGAUGGAGUAAAGCCAAGCUCCUUCGCUUAUGUUUCUCUUGUCUUCAGGGUGGUCAUACCACAAGAGAUUGUCGCCGACGGAAAACCUGCAGAACGAACGGAUGUCAAAGAGUACAUAACAAACUGUUACACGAGCCACCGAGGAACAUGUCAAAGCUACAAAGGGUUGAGAUUCCACCUGGACCAACCACAGCCGAUGCAGUACUCAGUUGUACAGACAGUGGAAUGAAUAAACAAAAAGUGUUGUUUAGAAUAGUUCCAGUUACAGUGCAUAGUCACAAUGCUCGAAUUAAGACUUUCGCUCUACUGGAUGAAGGAUCAUCGAUAACUAUGGCCGAUUCUUCUUUGAUUGAGCAGCUCGGAGUAAAGGGUCAUCAAAGCCGAGUAUCCCUACAGUGGCUGGGAGGAAGAGCUGCUACUGAUAACGCAACUAUCGUCGACAUCGAGAUUAGUGGUUCCAGUUCAGGCCAGAAAUAUAAAUUGCAUCAUGUCUACGGCAUCCAGGAUUUACAACUUCCGAUACAAAGUUUACAGAAAGCUGACGUAGAUGAAGCUCGUUUGAAAAGGUUGUCGAUUCAAACGUACGACAACGCCGUUCCCAAGUUGCUUAUUGGAUUAGACCACAGCCACUUGGGAAUUCCUAGUGAGAUCGAAACCCUACGAUAUAAGGGUCCUUAUGCCGCACAUACUAAGUUAGGUUGGGUCGUCUUCGGGCCGACUGAUAACUUCAGUCAAGCGAAGACGUCGUGUUUGCAUAUGUCCGUCUCGGAAGAUAAAUAUCUGCAUGAUAUGGUGGCCGAUUACUUUAGUAUCGAGAGCUUCGGUGUACGUCCAGCACCACUCGUCGAGCCUGAUGAUGAUAAAAGAGCGCGCCAGAUACUCGAGUCCACGGUCACGAAGAUUAACGGACGUUUCCAAGCCGGUCUCCUGUGGAAACGAGAUAAUGUUCAGCUCCCCGACAGCUACUCCAUGGCCGAGAGAAGACUGGUCGGAAUCGAGCGUAAGAUGAGACGAGACGAAACAUUUGCCCGAGAGUAUCGUGCUAUCAUUCGGGAUUACAUAAAUAAGAAUUAUGCCAGAAAAUUGCGCCCAGAAGAAGCUGCAAUUACAUGUCCAAGAACGUGGUACCUUCCACACUUCGGUGUGAUGAAUGUCAAUAAGCCCGGUAAACUGCGCCUAGUGUUUGAUGCCGCCGCCGUCGUCAACGGUUGUUCACUAAACAGUUACCUGCUAAAGGGUCCUCAACAAUAUCAACCAAUGCCGACAGUACUUUUUAAUUUUCGGGUUGGCGCAAUUGCCAUCGCCGCCGAUAUUAAAGAGAUGUUUCACCAAAUUUCUAUAAGAGAAGAAGAUAGAAGUGCCCAAAGGUUUCUUUGGAGGGACGGUAACGACAAAAUUCGUCCAGACGUAUACGAAAUGCUGGUAAUGACAUUUGGAGCCGCAUGCUCGCCUUGCACGGCCCAGUAUGUUAAAAAUAUUAACGCACUUGAGCACCGCGAAAGCUGUCCAAGAGCCUACGACUCUAUCACAAAGCAUCACUAUGUUGAUGACUUCGUGGAUAGUUUCGACAACGUUAAAGAAGCCAUUAAAGUUGCCAAUGAAGUCAGACGUAUUCACAAGAAUGCCGGGUUUGAACUACGCAACUUUUCUUCAAAUUCCCUAGAAGCCAAAAUCGCCCUAAAUGGUUAUAAACCGGAACAACUGACAAAUAGCCUAGUCACAUUAGCAGUAGAACGCGUGCUUGGAAUGUAUUGGCAACCAAGUAGCGACGUAUUUAGUUACACACUCAAAUUUAACAACGUGGACGCUGAAGUCAUCAGUGGACACAAACGACCGUCGAAAAGAGAGCUACUAAGCAUAGUCAUGUCAGUAUUUGACCCGCUUGGAUUUUUAUCCAAAUUUAUGGUCAACGCAAAAUUGUUGGUGCGCGAAUCGUGGCGUUACGAAUUGCGGUGGGAUGAGCCUCUGCCUGAACCUAUAUGUCAAGAGUGGGACAAGUGGCGCCGUCAGUUGAAAAAUGUAUUGAAUUUUCGAGUCCCUCGUCACUAUUUCGCCCGUGGACCACCUGCCGAAGUGCAACUUCACAUCUUCGUAGAUGCCAGUGAAGAUGUAUUUGCAGCCGUAGCCUACUGGAGAGUAACGUAUACAGAUAACAAAGUUUGCGUCGUACUCGUAUGUGCCAAAACGAGGUGUGCUCCACUAAAACCAAUGACUAUUCCACGCCUUGAAUUGCAGGCAGCCGUCUUAGGAACACGACUGCUAGAGACUAUCGUCAGAGAUCAUUCAGUUGCAAUCAAAAAACGCGUGAUGUGGAGCGAUUCCAAAACUGUUCUGAGUUGGAUUGGAUCGGGAACUCGUCGCUACAAACCAUUCGUAGCACAUCGUGUCGCAGAAAUUCUCGCCGCUACCGACGCUAACGACUGGCGUUGGAUACCGUCAGAGAAGAACGUUGCUGAUGAGGCAACAAGACCAAGUACGACAUUCGAUAGUCAUCCAACUUCACGAUGGCUAAAUGGGCCGUCAUUUUUAACGGAAGAAGAAGUAGCCUGGCCUACGUCUGAAGGAAUCCCUGAUCUGUUAGAAGAGUGUGAAGAGCUUCGCCCGAAAUUUGUAAUGCUAGCCGCGCCGUCAUGUGUUAUAGACAUGACAAGAUUUUCAAGUUUAACUAAGCUAAAGCGAACGGUCGCUUGGGUCAUCCGAUUUAUAGAUUUGUGUCGUCACAAAAAAGUGGAAGGGUGCCUGAACGCCGAGGAAUUAAAAGUAGCCGAAAUUUUCCUAUGCCGCCUUGCCCAAUCUGCCUCGUACUCACUUGAGAUUAAUCAAUUGAAAGAAGGCGGAAAUGUAGAGAAGGGGUCUGAGUUAUACACACUCUCCCCGUUUAUCGACACGGAAGGUGUUAUGCGUGUUAGCGGACGUAUAGAUGCUGCCAGCUGGCUUCCGUAUGAUACCACGCGACCUAUCAUCCUAGCGCCAAACCAUGAUCUCACACGCUUGAUCUUACUGGAUUGUCAUAAUCGGAUGAAACAUCAGAACGUGGAGGCGACGAUUUGUGAGGUUCGGCAAAGAUACUGGGUGCCGAACAUAAGACGUAUUAUGAAGAAGAUCAUAUCGACAUGUCUUAUUUGUAAAAUUUCAAGGUGCACACCCUCACAGCCUAUGAUGGGUCAAUUGCCAAAAGAUCGACUAACGCCAUUCGUGAGGCCAUUUUCUUACACAGGUAUUGAUUACUUUGGUCCUCUCAACGUAACAGUUGGUCGGCGUAAGGAGAAAAGAUGGGUGGCGUUGUUCACCUGCCUAACAACGCGAGCGAUUCACCUGGAAGUUGCUGCCGAUCUUUCGACAGAUGCAUGCAUUCUUGCAAUUCGAAACUUUAUCAAUCGUCGCGGUAUGCCAGUAAGGAUUCGUAGCGACAACGGUAAGAAUUUCGUAGGAGCCAAUAAUGAAGGAAAACGAUUUUCCGAGGUGUUUGAUUGUCAUCGUAUUCAGGACGAUCUUGCUGUGAAAGGAGUUGAAUGGAUAUUCAAUUGUCCGAACAAUCCUGCAGAAGGUGGCAUAUGGGAGCGUAUGGUAAGGUGCGUAAAGCGUGUUCUCAAUGUAACUUUAAAGGAAGUUGCCCCUCGCGAGCACACGCUGCAGAGUUUGUUAAUUGAAGCCGAGAACAUCGUCAACUCCAGACCACUCACACAUCUGCCGCUAUCAUCAGAUCAGGAUGAACCGCUCACUCCGAAUCAUUUCUUGCUUGGUGCUGCCAAUACUUCACAAACGCCAGCCGUCAAUGAUGUCGUCACGAAACCCUGCGCACUUGGUAAACAGUGGCGCAUCGCCCGACAGUUAAGAGACACCUUCUGGAGACGAUGGAUUCUUGAGUAUUUGCCGACGCUUACUCGUCGAAUGAAGUGGUGUGAAAGACCAAAACCAAUUCAGGUUGGUGAUCUGGUAUUUGUAUGCGACGUCAACAUGCCGCGGAAGCAAUGGUGCCGUGGUCGGGUAGAAGCGGUACACCGUGGAUCUGAUGGCAUUAUCAGGAGAGCUGAUGUACGCACUAGCAGUGGAAUCCUUCGUCGCCCCGUGUCAAAGUUAGCCGUUUUGGACGUGAAGUAA